UUAAUGAAAUGGUUCUAGAGGACUUAAAUACAUUGGAUGUAUUAAAAGAAUGUGUUGAGACGCUAUCAAUCCAAACAGAACAUGAUAAACAAAAUGAACGGGAGGAACAAAAAAUCGCUAACACUGGUUCUGAACAAGUAGAUCCAACAGUAUCAUUUCAGACAAUGAAGAGUUUAGAGCUGUCUAAGGACAUUGAAAAGCCAGGAGAGAGAGAAGCUACUGAAGCAAAAUAUGAAGAUCAUGAAGAACUAAUAGAUCUGGAAGCAGACGAAUAUUCUAAACAAUCUGUUAAAUCAGAAGCAAGAAAAAAUCUUGAAAAAUCAGAAAAUCCGUAUAAAAGAAUUUAUCUCGGAGCUCCAGUAAACCCAGACCCAGGUGCUGAACAUCCUUUAGAUAUACACGACCUAGAGGCACAAGCAGUGGCUGAAACAUCAGCUGAAAAAAAGAAACAAUUAGAUCUGGAAAUCCAAGUUGAACCUACAGAUCAUGUAAACAGUAGUGUAAUCAUUAAACCAAGACUCCUUGAAUCUACAGUAAAUCAUGUAGCACCUGAAGUAAAACAUGAAAAAAACAAUUUACCUCCGGAAGCUGAGGAAAAACAUGUGUCAUUUUCUAAGAUCAAAAAUGGGAGACCAGCGGAGAAAAAAAGAUUUGCACAUGAAAGUGAAUACUUAUCGAGCAGUGAACAAGCAAUCCUCAAGUCAAGUGUUCCACCCCAGAAUCAAGUAGAAAUAGUAGCAGGACCUUGCACCUGUGUUCCAUUGUUCCAACUUUUUCGGAGUAGACUUUUCUGUUCUAAUUCAAAUUAGUUUCUGAGAUCUUACGCAUACAGGGUUACCCACAAAGGAUGAGACUUAAGAGAAGAUUUAUACGAUCUGUUUCCUUAUAUUCACGAUUACCUUCAAAUGUAAACUUGUUUCUUUUUUUGCCAAAUCAUUAUAAAAGCAAUUACUUUACUUGAUUUAACCUAAUUUAUCGUCACAUUUUCGGUCGUCUUUACAAUCUCAUCCUUUGAGGGCAACCCUGUAGCGGACUCAAGAUAAUUAGAUAAAUAAUUGCUACAUAGUUUGAGAAUGAUCAGUUUCUGAUUUUUUUGUAAAUUGAUUAAUGAUACUAAAACAUUGAAUUGAAUUUUACUUUACCUCUCAGGCUCUCAACUACUUUUGUUCUUGCUUAAAUUGAAGUACAAAUACUACAAUACAAUGAUAAUAAUAAUACAAUUUUAAUACAAUAAAUAGCUUAACGAUACUUGCUGACAUAAAUUUGGGUAAAACCUUUGUUUUAUAGCCAAAUUGAUUAAUUAUAUACCUACUGACAUAGCUUUGAUGUAUAGCUUAUUAGCUUAAUGAUACUUGCUGACAUAACUAUGCCUAAUAGCUAAAUAGCGUAAAGAUACUUACAGAUAUAACUGUGUUUAAUAGCUAAAUAUUUUAAUGAUACUGGCUGAUAUAACAGUGUUUUAAACCUAAAUUGCUUAAUGCUGACAUAAUUGUGUUUUAUAGCUUUAAUGAUAAUCACUGAGAUAACAUAGUUUUAUAGCUUGUUAGUUAUAGGCUAAUGUUAGAUAUUGUCAUAAUUGUGUGUAAUAGCAUAAUAGCUAAAUAGUUCAACCUGAUAUAUAACUUUAUUUUAUAGCAAACUAGAUUUAAUUAUACUUACUGACAAAGCUGUGUAUUAAAGCUAUAGUAGGUUAAUGAUACUACUGACAUAGCUAUGUCUAAAAGAUA